AUGUUGUCUAGGAAGGUUAGUGAAGACUCUCAUGGGCAAGACUCUUCUUACUUUCUAGGAUGGCAAGAAUACGAGAAGAAUCCCUAUCAUCCAAUUCAUAAUCCCACAGGAAUCAUUCAGAUGGGACUUGCGGAGAAUCAGCUUUCAUUUGACCUUGUUGAAUCAUGGCUCGAAAGAAAUUCCGAUGUAGUGGAGAUGAAGAAAGAUGGAAUAUCCAUAUUUAGAGAACUCGCUCUUUUCCAGGAUUAUCAUGGCUUACCUGCUCUCAAAAAUGAACUGGUGGAGUUUAUGGGAAAAAUAAGAGGAAAUAGAAUAAAAUUGGAUUCAGAGAAUCUUGUCCUCACAGCUGGCGCAACUUCAGCAAAUGAAAUUCUCAUGUUUUGUCUCGCUGAUCCAGGGGAAGCUUUCAUUCUUCCCACACCCUAUUAUCCUGGGUUUAACAGAGAUCUUAAAUGGCGAACAGGAGUUGAAAUCAUUCCAAUGCAUUGCUCAAGUUCAAACGGUUUCAGAAUCACAUCCUCUGCUUUAGAACAAGCCUAUGAAGAAGCAAAAAACAAGAACCUUAUUGUCAAAGGGGUAUUAGUAACUAAUCCCUCAAACCCAUUAGGCACAACAAUGACCAAAAAAGAGCUUAACAAACUAGUAGAUUUUGCAAUAAACAAACAGAUUCACAUAAUAAGCGACGAAAUCUACUCGGGUACUGUCUUCGACUCACCAAAAUUCGUAAGCAUCAUGGAAGUUAUCAGCGAAAGAAGUCUAAAAAAUGAUGAAAUUUCGAAGCAUGUUCAUGUUAUUUAUAGUCUCUCUAAAGACCUCGGUGUACCUGGUUUUCGUGUUGGAAUGAUAUAUUCAAAUAACAAAAGUGUUAUAUCUGCAGCUACCAAAAUGUCAAGUUUUGGACUUAUUUCGUCGCAAACUCAAUAUUUGGUCGCAAAAUUACUCGGUGAUAAGAAAUUUAUUUAUAAGUAUAUGGAUGAGAAUAAGAGAAGAUUGAAGAAACGUAAGGAAAUGGUUGUUAAUGGUUUAAGAAAUGCCGGGAUUCGGUGUUUAAAUAGCAAUGCUAGUUUGUUUUGUUGGGUUGAUAUGAGACAUUUGUUGAGUUCUUCAAGUUUUGAGGCAGAGAAAGAGCUUUGGAAAGUGAUUAUUUACAAAGUUGGUUUGAAUAUAUCUCCUGGCUCUUCUUGUAAUUGUUCUGAACCAGGGUGGUUUAGGAUUUGUUUUGCUAAUAUGACUCAAGAAACUUUACAAGUUGCAAUGCAAAGGAUUAAGGUCUUUAUGGAUUCGUAUUCAACCAUGUUUUCUAUCAAACAACCAUUUCUCACUAAUAGUACUAAUGUCAAUUAUUAUUAUAACACUACUAGAUGGAUGGGAAAUUACUAA